UUUACAUUUUUCACUAAGUUGUACAUAUUGCAAUUUAUGCCUAUAAAGGGAGGACAUUUUUUGUGUGAAUUCCAUCCAAGCUUUAGCUAUUUCUACAAUUAUAUACCAAAGCAAAAAUCUCCCAAUGAAGUUGCAAGCCCUGACCAUUUUCUUGCUUUCUUUUGUAGCAAGUACUCAUGCAGCAAUAUCUCCAGUGGUUUACUGGAAAGUAAAAUUGCCCAAUACUCAAAUCCCAAAAGUCAUCAAAGAUUUCCUUCCCCAAUCAGACGACGUUUCUCCUGAGCUAAAACAAGAUAACACUGACGCUAACGCGAAAGUGUACUAUGGUUUAAGCCAGUAUGGUACUAUUAGUUGGCAUCGUGCUGCUACGAAGGAUGAAAUUCUUCACUUUGCAACAAAAAAGAAUGUGAUCAAACAAGUAACUCGAGGAAACAGUGCUAAAGAAGAAGAUCGCCCUUUGAAGCAAUACUUCUUCUUAGAAAAGGACUUGGAGAAAGGAAACAUUAUCAAGUUUCCUACUCUCCUAAAUAAGAAUGAAGCACCUUUUUUGCCGCGAGAGUCUGUGGAAUCAAUUCCCUUUUCGAUGGAGAAAUUCUCAGAGAUUCUCAAUCAUUUCUCUAUCGAUCGUAAAUCAAAGGAUGCUCAAACGAUAAAGAAAACAAUCGAACUUUGUGAUGAGCCAGAAGUAAAACAUAAAGAGAAGAAAAUGUGUGUAACUUCUUUAGAGUCUAUGGUAGAUUUCGGGUUAUCCUUACUUAGGACAAACAAUAUCCUCGCGAUUACUUCAGAGGUACAAGGGGAAACUCAAAAUUCACAAAGAUACACAAUUGAAAAAGUUCAACAAAUAGCUGAUGGGGAUAGCAUGGUAUGCCACAAGCUUAACUACGUGUAUGCACUACAUUAUUGUCACUUUGCAGGAAGUACGAGAACAUUUAUGGUAUCUAUGAUCGGUGAUGAUGGAACAAAAGUGAAAGCAGUAUCAGUGUGCCAUAAAGAUGCAUCUUUUUGGAACCCUAAGUCAUUACCUUUUAUCGUUCUUAAGGUUAAGCCUGGAACUACACCAAUUUGUCAUUUUCUUAAUGAUGACCAAAUUGUCUUUGUCCCUUCAGAAUAAGCCACUAAGCUAUGUAAAUUUCUCUCGAAAAAGUAGUCAUUCACCUUUUCUGGUACUUUGUGGUUCAUCUGUAAUGUAUCUCUAUCUUUAUAAAUAAUAAUUAUCUUGGCUU